UAUUUAAAGGACCGAUGCAGCAUUGUGUCUCAAAUUAGCAGGUCGUAUCCAGGAGUUUAACUGUGUGCAUAUAUGAAACGUAUUUGGAUUUACACAAAAAAACACCAAUUACAUGUUUUGUGGGGUUUUACUGAAAAGAUGCAAUAUGCUACCUAAACUAAGGAGCAAAAUAUGAUGUCAUUACCCACAACGGUAAAGAAUGAACUGAUUAUCCAUUGACGAUGAUAGUCGACUUAAGACUCAUAAAGCUUUACCUAGUAACCGGAUGGAUAUGUAUAGCUACUGCUGUGGUGUGUCCCGAUUCGUCGCAAUGGACACUGAGAACCAGGGCACGCUGUAAUUCCUCACUCCCGUCAUAUAACUGCCUUUAUGAUGAGUCGACUGCAACAUUUGUAGACUUCUGUACCAGGACACCAGAUUUCCAAAGACCUGGCUACAAAUUUAUCAUCAGAGGCAACAUUGAUGGGAUUGAGUGCGAGAAGAAUAGAUUUCAACCUAUCAAAUUCUGGACUAAUGGUAGUAACGACUGUAUCCUUGAAAAAACGCACUGUAAUGAGCUAGGGCAAGUUAUCCAUGAUGAGGGAAGUUCUACAUCAGACAGAACAUGCAGAUGUGAUUAUACAAGAGGGUUUGCUUUUGUAACUAGUCCGAAACAAAACUGUUUCUGCAACCCUUCCCUAGACGAUUGUUCCUGCUUUAUGAAACCAUGCAUCAAGUUUCAAGUGAUGACACCUGAUUAUAACUGCAUAAAGGCUACAGAUUGGACUGGUAUUUUCAAGUGUCCUGUAAUCACGAAAACAAUGACAACCAAUCCACCAGUAAAGAAAAUAACAAGAUGUGCAACACCACAAUCAGGCUUGAACAAGUUCUCAGAAAUGCAAAUGGUUGUGAAAAGGCAACCUGCCAUAGCAGUAACAGUACUAACUGGAAUCAGUGUAAUUUUGAUUAUAGUCCUCUGGAAACGGGGUAAAGAAAUGAUAAACUGUUGUAGAAAUCUUCAACAGAUGGAAACUGACAUUGAGAAAAAACUGGACGAAAAACUGAUUGAAAAUCGUCAUAUGAUGGUAACUGACAUUGAGAAGAAAGUGAACGAAAGACUCAUUGAUCAAUCUAUGUUCAAAAUGAAAUUGAAAGUUAACUUUGAUGCUAUAAUUAAAACAAUAAAUAGCAAGGAAAUAGUAAAGGAGUUAACAAUAUCUGAACAUGAAAGAAACAAGAUACACGCAUGCCUAGGGCGGAUAAAAGGUAAUAAAGCACUGUUGGAAAUUGUGUGGAAUCGUGGUCCUGGAGCUUACAAAGAAUUUACAAAUGUUAUUCACAAAAGAUAUCCGGAACUUGCGGUUAAAAUUGAAAAAACUCAAGCAGAUGGUAAUUAUCGAGAAGAAUUCGAAGAAGAAUUAGAAAAAACAUUCAAUGAUAAGAUACCGGAAACAGAAAGAAGGUUUCAUGAAAAUUUGAUACAAGAGUGGCAUAAGAAUGACAAGAUGUUUAUUGAGACAAGAGCCUCACAAAUUGUAUCUGAGCGUCUAAAGGGAAGUAACUGCGUUUUUGUUGUUGGUCGUCCUGGAAGUGGGAAAUCGUCAAUACUUCGUCACAUUGCAACGACGCUUGUUAUGGAAAACGAAGCUGAAGAUUUCGAUAUAAUUCCUGUUGUAGUAGAACCAAUAAAUGUUUUACAAUAUUAUAACGAGAGGCGAAAUCAGAUUUUUUUAUUAGACGAUUUUUGUGGGAAAGACAAAGUAAAUAGUCAACUCACUGAUGUUUGGAAAUUGUAUAUAGACAAAAUUUUGAAUAUAAUAAAUCAAAAGGAUUACAUUGAACAUGGUAUACAGAAAGUAAAAAAAACAAAAACAAAAAUUAUGAUUUCUUGUAACACGAGUGUUUACAAGAGCUCCAUUUUUGAACAUUUGCAAAAACGUGUAAAUACUUUUGUAUGUAAGUUAUCUGAAUUCCCAUUGGAAAAGGAGGAGAGAGAAAACAUGAUUAAGAAAUAUGCUCCAAAUGCACAGAUGGAAAAUUACGUAUGUAAAAAAGAACAUUUGAAAUUCGAUUUCCCACUUCUUUGCAAGUUAUCAAAAGGAAAAUUGAUAGAUGAAAUUAAUAGCCUCUUUUGGGAUCCACUUCAAACUAUCAAAACGGACUUAAAAAAUGUUCAGACAGACGACAGUCUUCAGUUUUGUGCAAUAGCCUUAUGCACUCUAUUCAAUAAUAAAUUUAAAACACAAUGGCUAAACCUAAAUUGUGAGCCAGACGAUAUUCGUAUAAAGAACGCCAUAAGUGAAAUGUGUUUAGAAUUCAGUUUAGAUAUAACAAACGAUAUCGAUCGGAAGCUCAUUCAAAACCAGUUUGACAAGAAACAAAUGGACUGGCUUAGUAAGUCUGGUGACACCUAUCAUCACAUUCAUGACGAAAUUUUCAAAAUUGCAUCAGUUUUAUGUGGAGAGUCUUAUGAACGAUGCUUUAUUAAUCAUGCACCAAGCUCUUUUAUAGCCAGACGGUAUAGUUUUUGUGAAAAAAAUGAUGGGUUGAUAACAUUCAAAACUAAAUACCAGAAAUUAUAUUUUGAUCGACUAUUUAGAGAUUUAGAACAUGGAAGUAGCUAUAGCACGUUUCAAAAUAUUCAGCUGAAGAACGAAUCGUACAGAAAAUUGUUUAUCAAAUACUGCAGACAAAGGGACUUAAAAUUCAAAGAACUACUUGGUAAUAUUAAGAGUGAUAAAACCGACAAAAAGUCACUCCCUCGCCAGGAUAUAAUUGACUUUGAUUUAAAAGUUCCUUUGAUCGAUUGUUCAUCGCAAGGGUAUGAACACAUGGUAGAUCUCUUACUCAGCAUGAAUUGUAACGUUAAUGUAAAAGAUAAUUAUGGAAGAACUGCAUUAUAUGUUGCGUCUGAACAAGGCCACUUUGAAAUUGUUAAAAGACUAGUAGAAAAUAAACCAGAUAAAGCGGACAUCACUUUAUCCGACAAUAACAAAACGACUUCCUUACACAUGGCUUGUGAAGGAGGACACAAAGAUAUAGCAAAAUAUUUGAUUGACAAAGAAGCUGAUAUUUCUGCAUGUGAUGUGAAAGGAUGUUCAUCUCUUCAUAUGGCUUGUGCAUCGGGCAAAAUAGAAAUUGUUGAACUUCUCUUAAAGGCAAAAAAGGAAGAACUUUAUCGGUCUGAUAAUUUAGGGCAAACGCCGAUUAUAAUUGCUUCUUUAAACGGGGAAAUACAAGUGGUUAAAUUUCUGUUGCAAUUCGACAAAAAGCAAAAUCUGCAAGAUACAGACAAAAGAGGAUUUACCCCUCUUCUGGCUGCAUGCGAGAAUGGACAUAAACAGACGACAAGGUGUCUUAUCGAAGAAGGGUCAGAUAUUUUACACUCAGAUACUGAUGGACGCACUGCUUUAUUCAUUGCAUGUGAAAAAGGACACACCGAAAUAGUAGAUAUUUUAAUUGAAAAGGCAAAUAAGGAAAUAAUUGAAAAAUUGGAUUGGAAUCGGACAGCUCCAGUUUACAUAGCGUGCGCCGAAGGACGCGAGGAAAUCGUUAAUACAUUAAUCAUAAAGGGUGCUAAUAUAAACAGUUUAACUGAAGAUAAAAAAUCUCCCAUAUAUGUUGCAUGCGAAAAGGGCCAUUACAAAGUUGUAAAACUCCUGUUAGAUAAUACAGCUGAUAUUAAUAUGUGCGACAGACAUAAGAAAUUGCCGUUACAUGUGGCUUGUAAGGGAGGAUAUUUGAAAAUAGUGGAAUUAUUAUAUAGUCGUCAUAAAGCUAGUACUUCCAAUAUCAAGCAAUGGAACGAAACCGCAUUAAGUAUAGCCAAGAAACAAGGUCACGAUGAAGUUAUAAAAUAUUUAGCUGAACACGACAACUAUUAGCAUAAACAAACUAGGCAGUACUAUUUCCAAACUAUAUUUCCAAGCGACCAAUGUUUAAAGGACUAGCAUGUAUUGCGAUAUGUUCAAAUUGAAAGGAAAGAAAAAUGUUGUUCAAGGAACAUGUUAGCCUCAUUUGUAAUUAACUUCAUGUUCAUUUAUGGAUCGUCUUUGUAUAGAAACUUUACAAAAUGAUAUUUCUUUGGUUAUAUGAACACUUUUCUUUUACCAAGGAACUACAUUUUUAAUUUAUCUUGGAUAUGCUGAAAUAAUGAGUAUCUUUACUAAAUUGAAUAAAUGUGUCAAUUGAAAUUUGAAUGCUCACAUGUUAACUUAGUGCGAAGCAAAUACCUAGCAAUGAAAUAGAAGCAUAGCAAGCAUAAAACCUGGCUAUUGAGCUCCCUAGCAACAGCUAUAUAGAUAGUCAUUUUACAUUUAAGCAUUUUGCAUAUUUGUCAUUACAUAUGUGCUGCUACGUAUGAUGUAAUGUUUUUUUCACAUACAAAUACAUCCAAUAACUUUAUGCCUGUAUACAGUUAAACACGAGCAUACAUAACUCAUUUUCAAAUUUGAUUUGCAUGUGGUUGUAAUAAGCAUUGUGUAUAAGUUUCGUAACUUUUUGUUGAGGCAAACUAUAGUUAGAGUGCGGAAAUGGCAAAUUCAGCAAUUUUCUUCAUUUAAAAGGACAAAACUCAAGGAGAAUGAAAGUGACACCAACCAAGUUUGAUCUUGAUUUGUGUUGAUUUUUUAUACCUAACCAAAUUCUGUUAUAUAAUCAUUCUUAUGUCAAUCAUUUUAUCAGCAUUUUCUGUCACUGUCCAUCUGUCUUUUCAAACAUAAAGAUUUAUAUACAAAUUUCCGUUGUACAUGUUUAUUCCUCUCUUCAUGACAUAUCAAAAUAUAAUAACGUCUUAAUAAUGGUUUAUAUUACACACUGCUAGUCUUUUUUCGCAAUCUAAAAAGAAUAAAAGGCUAUCGACACGAUAAAAUAAGAUAAUUUACGGUCUUAAAUGAAUAAUCUGGUUGUUGCUGAGACCCUUUGUUCUUCUAUUACGUUAUUUCACAUUAGUGACCCAUGAUCUGCUAGAAUCAAUAGACAUUUGAUAGUGAGGUUUCUUUGAACGAGAUUUUAUAACAAGAAUGUCAUCUUUCCCCGUUUUGUUCAAUUUUAAUCUAUAUGAAUAUUCAUGAUUAAAUUACAUUUCUCAAAGUGACCGUCAUGAUGGAAUAAAAAUAUGAGAUGAGAAAUGAACAUUUUUUAAUAAUCCCGUAUAAUUUUUUUUUUAUAAAAAUACUCAUUAUAUGCAUCUUUUUCUAAAUUUACUUAUACAUUGUACUUGUUUUGAGGUGAUACUUUAGUAAAACAUUAAACUGAAGUAAUUGUGAUUGAUUCUAGAAUUAAAACAUAAAUAUAUUUAUUCAGGUUUCUCUAAUUUUUGAAUGACACAUCAAAUUCAAGUUAAUCUAACUCGAGUAAAAAUUAUAGGGUCGCAGCGAUAAAGCCUUAUAUACUUGUGCAGAGUAAAGCAAUCAGUAAUAAAUGAAUCAAUCAAUCAACCAAUCAAUCGACAAAUGGGUAAACGUAUUGUUUAUACAUUUUUAAAAUUGUUUGUAUUAAAGUUCGUAUAGAUUUAUUUUAUAUUUUAAAGUGGCUAUAUUUUUAUAAUACAAUGUAUUACACAUUUUUGAAAUUGAUUGAUUGAUUGGUAUUGAACGCCACUUUCAGCACUAUAGUGCUAUUUCGUGGCGGUCAGUUUGUUAUUGUUAAAGGAUGCCGGAGUUCCCAGAGAGAACCACCGAUCUUCGGUAGGAAAACUAACAAUCAAUUAAGAUUGGAGUCGAGCACCUCCGCGUGCGGGAUUCGAACUCAAAACUCCAGUUUUGACAGGCUUUGUUGUGUUCCAAACACACAAAAUUCUAAUCAACGGUAAAUCAACUGUGAUAUGGGUACAUGUACACCAUCAGCGGCUGAUGAGGGUAUAAAAUAGUCUAACCUUUUAAAGGUUGCUGUGUCAUUCACUUGUCGUUUAUUUUUUGUAAUGUUAUUCUUUAUUAUUUCGAUGCAGUUAUUUAUAGGAAUAUUCUAUGUUUGCUUAUCAAAGUUAUUAAUAUAUAGGAAUAUUAUAUAUUCGCUUAUCGAAGUUACUAAUAAAUAGGAAUAUUCUAUGUUUAAUUAUCAAAUUUAUUUAUAGGAAUAUUUUAUGGUUGCUUAUCAAAGUUAUUAAUAUAUAGGAAUAUUAUAUGUUUGCUUAUCAAAGUUAUUAAUAUAUAGGAAUAUUCUAUGUUUAAUUAUCAAAUGUAUUUAUAGGAAUAUUCUAGGGUUGCUUAUCAAAGUUAUUAAUAUAUAGGAAUAUUUUAUGUUUAAUUAUCAAAUGUAUUUAUAGGAAUAUUCUUUGUUUGCUUAUCAAAGUUAUUUAUAGGAAUAUUCUAUAUUUGCUUAUCAAAGUUAUUUAUAGGAAUAUUCUAUGUUUGCUUAUCAAAGUUAUUUAUAAGAAUAUUUUAUGUUUGAUUAUUAAAGUUAUUUAUAAGAAUAUUUUAUGUUUGUGUAUCAAAGUUAUUUAUAGGAAUAUUCUAUGUUUGCGUAUCAAAGUUAUGUAUAGGAAUAUUCUAUGUUUGCUUAUCAAAGUUAUAUAUAGGAAUAAUUUAUGUUUGCUUAUCAAAGUUAUUUAUAGGAAUAUUCUAUGAUGAUAAUGAUAUUCCAAUUGAGUUAUGAUUAGUUAUUAAAGUUUUACGACUCAUG